CACAUACAUCACCUUCAUUUGGAUAUUUUAUUCCGAAUUAGUUUAGUUUUUAGUUUUGAAGGAGCCCAGUUAAUCAACUAUUGAAAUGGGCACAAAGUGUAAGUGAGUGAAAACAAAUUAAUCUGGGUUUUCUGAGGCAAUUACUUGAGAUUUAUAUUCAACGAUUAAACCAGAAGUCAAGUCAAGCAGCGGUCUCUUCUUGGUCUGGUGGAAGAGUAAAAGGUCAGAGCGUUUGGUGGGGCUCCAAGGUUUGCCAACUCCGCAGUGUUGACAGCAUCGGGUUUGCUAAGAACACGAAGAAUUCCCGAUAAUGUUCAUACGGCAUCUGGUUGCCCAAACUGUGGAAAAUAUAAAAUUGGAUGAGUAGUUCAACAUGGCGUCUGCUGCAGUCCUCAGCACUUUACUCCUGCUCUUUCUACGAUUGAAACCAAGCGAAAUGAUUUCUAAACUGUCUGAUUUAAAAGUUUGCGGGGAUCCUGAAUGUGCAAGGUAUCUGAGCAGAGUUACAGCGACAUUGGACUACACAGGACGUGAUUGCAGAUUCCUUACUUUUAGGCAUGGAGACUCCAUAUUUGUUUACUUUAAACUGACUGGGAAAAGAGAUGAUUUAUGGGCUGGAAGUAUGGGGAAGCAAUUUGGGUAUUUUCCAAAAGAUGCAGUUAAAGUUGAAGAUGUCAUGGCAUACACUGAAGUUGAACUACCAACCCAGGAGAGUGAUUUCCUUUGCCUUGAUGAAGAAAAUUACAUUGAUAAUGAAGAAAUCGAUUCAGUUAUUAAUGAUUAUGGAGAGAACUCAUUUUCAAUGCCAGACGAGAGAAAAUUGGGGCAUGAACCCAAGCCUAAUGAAUACAACCAGGUUUACGAAGGUAAUUCUGCAAAAAGAGGACCUAUGGACAAUUUAAUUGAUCUUAAUAAAACACUGGUUCAAAGAACACAUCAUGCAGCAAAGCUAGAAAAGAACUCUGAUAAAGACCAUCUUGCAAAGAGUCUAGCACAUGAUGAGAAUGUGCAAGUAAAUGAAUUUCUUUCACCAACUGAACAUCAGAACGAUUUAAGUGAUGAAAGUGUCUCCAGACAGACAGAUAAUGAAUUUGACCUAGUUAAUCUUCCUGAUACUGUGCAGAGUAAAUAUAUUGGUUUUGAAAAUGAUGAACAUCCAGGGCAGGAAAUCAGUGAAAAUUCUAAAGCAGUACCUGAGGAAUCCAACUGGAUUGGAUCUAGAAUCAGUGGGUGGUUUGGUGUGGGAAGUAAUGAGAAUGAAAAGGUUGUGGAGCCCACUGACGAGCCGAUGCAGCUAAACUCUUUUAUAAGUCGAAAAAUUCCAUUAGACUAUGAAGAGAAGACUGUAUUGUCAGAAGAGGAAAAUAAUAACAUGUAUUCUGAGGAUAGAGGAGUCCUUGGCUUGGGAAUGUCAAGCUGGAGUGAGGGUUUGUCAAAAUUGUUAAACUUCAACAGUGAUUUACCAGAAGAUGUUUUAUCUACCAAUGAAGGUGAAAAAAAGCAUCAGAAUGCAAAAUUGUAUCUGGAUGACUCAACAGAUCCAAGCAACAUAUUUGUAGCCGAGUCAGGAAACAAAAUAUCUGAACAUUCCGUAGCAGAUGAUUCCAGGCUAAAAUAUAGUCAAUCAGAAAAUAUUGACACAGAUGAAAAAAAUGUAAUGGGUCAUGUUAUAUCAUUGUUUGGUUUAAGUGACAAAUUAUGGUUUGGGCAAACCAAUAAAGCCAAGAAUUCAGACAUGACAGAAAGCACCAGGGAAGAAAAUAGCAAUGAUAAUGACAAGUCAGAAUCCUGGUGGCCUAAUUUGAAUGUAGUUAAUGAUAUCUUCAGAUUUGGUGGUGAUAAUGGGGAUCAGACAGGUAGAACCUUGGAGACACAAACUGCAGGUGGAAAUGAAAAGAAUUCAGGAGAAACAGGUGAAUCAAAUUCACCAUUUAGCCAAGGGAAUGAAAAUCAAGUUCCUUCCUUACCAGAUGAAAAUGACGCGGCUAUUAAUGAAAAUAGCAAGGAAAUGACAUUGGAUGUUGAUGGUUCAGUAUCAGGAAGGGCUUCCUUUGGUUUGAAAGAUAUAUUAAUAUAUGGUCAAACCGAUGAAGAUCUAUUUGUUUCCAGUCCACCAGAAGAAUUAACGAAAAGCAUCUUUAGGGAUGAAAAACAAAAUACCAUGAAUUCUGAGUCUGAAGAGGGUUCUCCCAUGUUGAAGUUAGUCACAAGUAGAGUUGCAUCAAUUGCUGAUUCAAUAAAAAAUGAAGAUGCAAAUCAGUCACCAAAACAAUGUCUAGAUGUGAUGGAGAGUGAUGUUACCUGUCAGUCUGAAUACUUGCAGCAAUCUGAAAAAGAAUACAGGGAAACUGAGAAUGAAAUCGCACAAUCUAUAACUGGGUUAAAAAACAACCUGGAAAGCAAAACAUCAAAGUUAGAAGAAUUACUAGAACAAAAUGUAAUACAAGAUUCAGAUUUCAUCAAUCCUAAUAUGUUAUUGACACAGGAACAUCUCCACGAGGAUCUAAGUUUGCAAGAACAUUUAAUAUACAUUUCAAAAAAUGAUCAAUCUAUUUCAGAUUAUACGAAGACUGAAAAUCUACAUUCUGGUGAAAAAGUAGGCGAACAGGGGGAUUUGCAAAACCAGGAUCUCGCCUCAGAAGUGGAACAAAUUACUAUUGUAAGUGAACAUGAUCAUUCAGCGUCAGAUAGUUUGUCUGAAGAAGAUAAAUAUUUGACGAUGCAUUCUGAAUGGGCACUGAAUAAAGAACCAGGUUCAGAAACUGCAAUUAUUACUGCAGCAGAUAAUGCAGACCAUUCAGCAUGGGACAAAUUGCAAGUUGAAGGUGAAAUUUUACAAGAUAAUCAGUGUCUGCCAGAGGAAAAAAUACAUCGUAAGCAACAAAUGCGUCAGCAAGAAGAUGUUAUACCAGCUUUGGAAUCUGAGCAGUUCAAUGUUUCAGGUAACAAUAAGCUUUUAUUCCAGACACAAACUUGCAAUGAACAGCAAAAUGUAAAUUUUGAAUUUAAUGAAAUUCCUCCCUCUAGUCAAGUUAUUCCAUCUUCGCAGAAUGACUAUGACAAAGAAGCCUUUACACCAGUUACAUAUUUAACUUCUGCAAAAGAGCAAACUUCAGAUCAUUACAGUUUGUUAACUGAGAAGGAUGAAAAACAAGAGGAAAUGUCUCAAUUAAGUGGUCACAAAGGGGUCACAACUAACAAUGUAAAUGCUCCUUCGUUAGAGAGAGAACGAUUUGAUGAAACAUGGCAAGCACAAUUUCAGCAGCAGGUUUACUAUCGGACUGGGGAUGUGACACAGGAAAAGCUAUACAGAGAUAAAAAAUCCUUGGAGCGUCAAACCUUGACAUUAGAUUCUGAAUCCAAUCAGCAUACAUCGGUUCAUAAGGAGAGCUUGCAUGGGGAAAAACCGAUCAGGAAAGAAUGUCAUCUCCCAAACUCAGCAUCUUGUGAGCUUGCUUCAGAUGCUGACUACCCCUUGUCAUCAAAAACGCACAAUGAACGAAACUUGGAAGUAAAACAAACAUCUUCUAAAUCAGAACCUCAAGAACCAGAAAAUCAAUCUGUUGAUUUCGAAUCUACUGUAGAUUCGUCAGAGGAAGUAAUAACUGCACCUGUCAUCAGUAAAACCACUGCAACAAUUGCAAAAAGUAAUCAUGUGCAUAUUUCUCACGAACUUGAAUCGACAAUUGUAGUUGUGAAUUCAUUGUCUCCUGAGGAUGCAAAUUCACCGGUAGAGCAUUCUAGUAAAUAUCAAGACAUGGACACUAAAUUUAAACCACAGCCUGUUGUCAAGGACUCCAAAUAUAAAAUAAGUGAUAGCAAUGCAGAAACUGAUUAUGCAAGUAAAGAAGGAACAAUAAAGUUGUCCACUGAAUCCAUUUCUGCAAACUUGCUGAACGAUGAAACACUAAAUUCUGAAAAGCUGAUAAUGGUCUAUGAUUAUAAAACUAAAGAGUCAAGCAAGCUAAAUGCACAAAUUAAUGCCAAUCCAGAUGCCACAGCUGAAAAUGUAAAUGGAAUCAUUUCAACAAUUAAACUUGAAACUGGUGCUGAAGACAAAUCACUACCAUCAAAAGAUGCUUUCAGUACAGAUGACAAUUUAGGCACGGGAGUUGCAAGUAAAGAAAUUCUUGAUAAAACUAUUCAAAUGAGCAAGCAUGGACAGGAGCAGAUGGAGACCAUAGACUUGGGUGUAACGGAGAAGGGCAAGCUGGACUUAGUGGUCAAAAUAACUGAUUCAGAUAAUAUGGCUGCCGAGGCUGUGGUGGAACAUAAAUUUGGAAAUCAAUUACAGAAGGAAUCAUGGGAUCUAAGAAAUGAGGAACCUGGUCACUACCAGACUGAAGAGAAAACGACAUCCUCAUUGUCCUCGGGUGAUAUUAAAAAACCAUUGGCAACUGAUGACCCAAAAGCUGAAACAUGGACUGACGAUGACAUUGAAUACGAAACAAGUGUUCAGGAAGCAGCUGGCCAUAUUUUAGGCAGCAUUGUCGAUGUCGUUUUACAGAACUUCAUUAUAAUAGUUGAUCAUUUCAAACUAAAUUCCAAUCAGACAGUGAUGGAUAUUUUGUCUGAAGACCCAGGAGCUUCUACAAUCCUACGGGGUCCUCGCACGGAGCUGUUUCUGAUUUCAUUUCUGUUGGGGAUUAUCACUGCAUUGCUGUUCAUCUACAGGACAUGCCAAGCAGUGAAAAGCAGAAGGUACUUGGAGAGAGAGAAACAACUUGCAGAAACAGUUGCUCAACUGAUUGAAGCAAAAUGCAAACUUCUAGAAAAACUGAGUAAUUGUAAGCAAAAGUACAGUGAAUUUGAAGCAUCUGUUGAAGAAGCAGCUGUUUUAAAACAAUCAACAGAAACAAAGACUUUGCAUCUUCAGGAAACGUAUGCCAAAUUGGAGCAGUCCAAUCACACACUUAGACAAUCAAUUGAUCAGUUCACACAGGAUUUAGAGAGAGAAAAACAAACAAGGUCUCAACAAAGUAAUCUGAUUACAGAAAUUCGAGGAAAUUUAAUUGCACUGGAAAAUGAAGAUCAAAACCUCAAGACCCAAGUAGAAGAGGCUAAAAAGGAAUUAAAAGAAAUUCAGGUUAAUGAUACAAGAUUCCAGGAAUUUAUUCAAGCUGAAAAAGAAGAGAAUUAUCAUCUCAAAGAAAGCAACAAACAGCUGUUCCAAGAAUCAGAAGGAUGGAACGAACGUUACAGUGAGCUGACUGAACAUAUUAACUUGAGUGUAAAAUCGCAGAAGGAUAUAAGGGAAGUUCUUGCAUGUAAAGAUAAUGAAAUAAAGUCUCUAACAGAUUGCCUUCUGAAAAUGAAAUUGUGGAGUGUAACUGAAGACAAUCCUUCAGAAGAAAUUCCAGAAGAACAACAGAAGCAAAAGAUUGAAAAUUUGAUUUAUGUUGCUAAGCUAAAUGCUAGUUUGAAAUCUGUGGAGGAAGAAAGAAAUCAGAUUCACGGCAAGUUGUCGGAUGAAAUCAACGCGAAACAAGAACUGAUGGAGCGCAUUGAAAAACUUCAGUUGGAUCAUACCUCAAUUAAAUCUGUGAAAUCUCAGUUUGAGACUGAACACAAAACCAUUCAGCAGAAGUUGAAAAUCAUGACAGAAUUGUAUCAUGAGAAGGAAAUGGAGCUUCAAAGAAACCUAACUCUGGAAGAACAUCAGCGUUUGCAGAAAGAAGAGAAACUGUCCGAAGUUGAUGGAAGAAUUAAUCAAGCAACUGAAGAACUCACUAUUUAUAGGCAACGUGCUAAAGAUCUUGAAGAAGAAUUAAUGAAAACUAUGCAGUCAUAUAAAAAUCAAAUUGUAUCCCAUGAGAAAAAAGCGCAUGAUAAUUGGCUCUCGGCUCGUGAAGCUGAACGGGAAAAUGGCAAUAUUAAAAGAGAGAAUAUUCACCUUCGACAAAAGAUAACUGAAGCUGAAUUCAAAAUCGACAUUGUUUUGAAGGAUCCCCUUGUAAUUGACGUAUCUGGAAGGCCUGGGUUAAGUGCUUCAACAUUUGUCCCACCAUACAGAGGAGGAAGUUCACCAUAUGGCCCUUCUCCAGUGGGUCGACCUGGCGCUGAUCCCAUGGGUUUUCUGUCACCUCCAUUAUUAGAUGGACCAUUAAGGUUUUCGCCUUUGUUUCCUGGGAAACCAGACUCUAAAACGAGAGGUCCAUCAGUUCAGCUAGAUCACACCGCCAAUGAAUCAACAGAUUCAGUUUCUGACCGAUUGUCUGAUCACCAUGGCCCACAGUCAGAUAGUGGUUCACUUUCUCCUGUAUGGGAAAGAGAUCGGAAGCUGUUCAGAACGCCGCCAGCUUUGAUUUGUGCAGAUGGACGCCCCAAACAGGAAAACAGCAUGCAAUCUUCAAAUUCUGCUUCAGAGAGUCAAGCCCAAGACCAAGACACAAUAAAUGCAUUGCUAAACCCAUCUCUUCUGGUGGAAGCUGACCUUGGAAUUAGACCUGGUUUUGCACCUGCCUAUCUGAACCAAGUUCCCUCUUUACAUGUUGAUCUAAGAGGUCAUGUUCCACUAAGGGGACUUCCACCAGCUCCACGUGGUGGAAUCUAUGGUCCUCUAGAGCGUUUUCCAUUACGAGCAUUUGGUUUGCCACCUCAUCCGUCCCUGGAAAUUCGACCAGGACUAUAUUUCCCACCACCUCGUCCCAUGUUCCUGCCACAUCGACCAUUUUCCAACAUUGCAGGUGGCCUCCUUCCUACACGACUUCCUCUGCCCAAUUUACCAUCAACUGAGCGCCCAUCUUCACAAGAUAAUGAAUGACUCCCCACUUGUUGAAGUGCAGGUUACACUAUUGCAUUUUUUUUUUUUAAUUGGUGUUUGUUAAAAUUGGUGGUACGCUUUAAAUAAAGAUGCGUUUUCUGAUAGUGCUGUUUGAUUAGAAUUGUACAGCAGAUUCUGGCCAUGCACUAUUUUAGUUAAAUGUAUUGUUUUUAUCCUGCCCAUUUUACUAAUGAAAUUUGUAAAUAUUUAAUUCGUUAAAUGGCAAAACAAUAUUUGAACUGCAAAAUUUUAAUUAUCAUUCAUGUGCAUGUCCAAGGUGGAGCUAAUAUUAGUUCCACUGAUGUAAAUGCAGAUUUAUUGUCCUAAGAUAAAAGGAAUGUUUGGAGAACAUUUAGAAUGUAAAAA